CGUUCAAAGUAUAACGUUAAACUUUUUCAUAUUCCACAGCACCGCCGUCUCCGCUGACGGUAACCCACGAGAUGCCCGAUCACGGCCACAUAGGAAUGCACACGCUCAGCCGCAACAUGCCCCGUCCGGGGUCCCAAUCGCCACCACUGCCACCGCCUCCCCCGCCGGAGGAAUCCGACCAUGCCGACUUUGGCCGACCGAGGAACACCCAAAGUUUGGUGGCUGCCAUCGUACCGGAUGACCAGAAUCUGCCCGGCUGGGUGCCGAAGAACUACAUCGAGAAGGUGGUCGCCAUCUACGACUACUACGCCGACAAGGACGAUGAGUUGAGCUUCCAGGAAAGCUCGGUGCUGUACGUGCUGAAGAAGAACGACGACGGCUGGUGGGAGGGCGUGAUGGAUGGGGUCACGGGACUGUUUCCGGGAAAUUAUGUUGAACCGUGCGUUUAGAGUAAUGACGAUAUUUAACGGAUUAAGAUUAAGCGUUCAUAUUAUAGUGCUUUUUAGUUUCCUUACAUAAAGAUAAUCAACGCCCGGUAUAUUAUCGCAUUUGAAUGCAAUUUCGCAUCAAUUUAUACACUUGUAUCGAAAUAAAUGUAGGUCGUCAUCAUAAUAAAACAAAAACAAGUUAUGUAUAACUGCA